AUGGCGGGCGAGCUUGAGAGCAGCAAAUCUCUAAGCGGGCUGCUAAGCGGUCUGGCCCAGGACGCCUUCCAUGGGCACCAGGGAAUCACGGAGGAGUUGCUGAGGAGCCAGCUCUACCCAGAGGUGCCUCCCGAGGAGUUUCGCCCCUUCCUGGCGAAGAUGAGGGGGAUACUUAAGUCUAUUGCAUCUGCAGACAUGGAUUUCAAUCAGCUGGAGGCAUUCUUGACUGCUCACACCAAAAAGCAAGGUGGGAUCACAACUGACCAGGCUGCUGUCAUUUCCAAAUUCUGGAAGAGCCACAAGACGAAGAUUCGAGAGAGCCUCAUGAACCAGAGCCGCUGGGACAAUGGGCUUCGAAGCUUGAGCUGGAGAGUCGAUGGCAAGUCACAAUCAAGGCACUCUGCUCAAAUACACAGCCCUGUUGCCAUAGUGGAGCUGGAAUUAGGGAAAAGUGGACAGGAAUCUGAGUUUCUUUGUUUGGAAUUUGAUGAAGUCAAGGUCAAUCAACUCCUGAAGAAGCUCUCAGAGGUAGAAGAAAGUAUCAGCACACUGAUGCAGCCAGCGUAACUGAAGAUGACGUUGGAAGGAGUUGGAGUUAUUGAAGCGAAGGUUUCUGCGUUUCCUUCCUCCUAAUCUUUUAUUCUUGUGUCUCCAUUGGCAUUAAAUCCUCAAAUUAAAAUCUUGCCUGCCUCUA